CACUCUUCAGUCAACGGAGGUGUCUUCUACACGAAGCAGACGUAAAUAAACUUUGACAGACGAUCAAUACGAUCCACGAAAUGGACAAUUUAAAUCGCAAAGCGAACUGGAACGAGUCGUCCGUCAGUUUACUGGUGGAUCUCGUUACAGAUCCCGAGCGAUGGGCUGUAAUUCGAGGGAAAUUCAGCCCAUCGCUCACCAUCCAGAAAAAACAGAGAGUCUGGGAAGAAAUUGCUGAGAGAAUCAACGCCAGUUCAACAUGUAUGAGAAAUUUGAAGGAUGUUAAGAAAAAAUGGCAAGAUCUCCAAAGCCACACUAAAAAGAAGGAGGCCAGUAGAAAAUUGGACCUCAAAAAGACAGGUGGUGGACCACACCCUCCAGAACUAAAGUGUUGGGAGCAAAAGAUCAUUUCCGUCCUAUCUAAUGAUGUUAUUUCUGGUGUGGAGGGGGGAUUCGACUCGCAAGACACUGCCAGUUUGUCCACAGAUACCGGUACUCUCUGCGGGAAAGAAUCAUCAAAGAGAAGAUAUGGUGAGCUGGACAAUGAACCAGAGGUGGGGAUGGAGGCACCAUCAUCCUUCAGUUUCUAUCAAACACAGAAGACAUCUACAUGUACCAGUAACAGUAGAUCUUCAUGUUCAAAUGAAGAGGAUAGCCAGCCAGCAGUACUUGUAUCCCCAACAACUGCAUUUACCAGUAAACAUUACACAGAAGGUAGUGUUACAUGUAACAACAGAAAGAAAGUCAAUAGAGUCCCUCCAGAAAGCAGUAUGAAUCAGCAGAGGUACAUUGAAAUAGAGGAGGAGAAAUUGGCUAUCAUGAGAGAAAAUUUAGAAAUUGAAAAGAGAAAAUUGGAGCUUUUGGAACAGUAUGUCCAGUGGAGAGUGGAAACACCAGCCGACCACUUUGUAACACCAUCAGUGUCUCCUAUAAUUAGAGGGCUCAUUGCUUCUAACAAACAUUUAACAGAUUAAGAUACUUAUCACGAGAUUACUAUAGUAUAUCAAUAUUCAUCUAACAAUUGAUAUUGUUUUCAUACAAAAUAUAGCUAUAAUUAGAGACUCUCUCAAAUGUUAAUACAUGUAUAAGUAAUAAAUAGCAAUGUUAAAAAGUUCAUAGGGAUAUAAUUUGGUGGGUAUGUUAUUAAUUUUGUGAAGCGCGAAUAUAUUGAUUAUCUAGAUAAAUUAAACUCGGCUAUAUUGUCUGGCUUCAAUGUAAGAUAUGUACAUGUAUAUAAAGUUAAAGAUUACAAUUCUAAUUAGAACCACCCCCCCC